GAGGGACCGAUUGCCGGCUGCCCUCCAGCGUCUUUAACUUGCAGGGUGCAGUGGAGCCCAUGCAGAUUGACGUAGAUCCACAAGAAGAUCAGCAAAAUUCACCUGAUAUCAACUAUGUGGUGGAGAACCCCACACUGGAUUUGGAGCAGUAUGCAUCCAGCUACUGUGGGCUGAUGCGAAUCGAGCGGCUGCAGUUCAUUGCUGAUCACUGUCCACAGCUGAGGGUGGAAGCUCUCAAGAUGGCUCUGUCAUUUGUCCAGAGAACUUUCAAUGUUGAUGUGUAUGAAGAAAUCCACAGAAAGCUGUCUGAGGCCACCAGAGAACUGCAGAAUACACCUGAUGCUGUCCCCGAUAGUGGAAUUGAACCCCCUCCUCUUGACACAGCUUGGGUCGAAGCUACGCGCAAAAAAGCUCUUCUUAAACUGGAGAAACUUGACACAGAUCUGAAAAAUUACAAAGGGAACUCCAUCAAGGAGAGUAUCAGGAGAGGCCAUGAUGACUUAGGUGAUCAUUAUCUGGAUUGUGGGGACCUCAGCAAUGCUCUCAAGUGUUACUCACGAGCCCGUGAUUACUGCACCAGUGCUAAACAUGUCAUCAACAUGUGUCUCAAUGUCAUCAAGGUCAGUGUCUACCUCCAGAAUUGGUCUCAUGUUCUGAGCUACGUAAGCAAGGCUGAGUCUACACCAGAGAUUGCAGAACAAAGAGGAGAAAGAGACAGCCAGACACAAGCAAUUCUCACCAAACUGAAAUGUGCAGCAGGCUUGGCCGAACUAGCUGCCCGGAAGUACAAACAAGCAGCAAAGUGCUUCUUGUUGGCAUCAUUUGAUCACUGUGAUUUCCCUGAGCUGUUAUCUCCCAGCAAUGUGGCUGUGUAUGGUGGGCUCUGUGCCCUUGCCACCUUUGACCGUCAGGAACUGCAACGAAACGUUAUCUCCAGUAGCUCCUUCAAAUUGUUUUUGGAGCUGGAGCCACAGGUUCGUGACAUCAUUUUCAAGUUUUAUGAAUCUAAAUAUGCUUCAUGCCUGAAGAUGCUGGAUGAGAUGAAGGACAACCUGCUGCUGGAUAUGUAUCUUGCACCUCAUGUCAGGACACUCUAUACCCAGAUUCGAAAUCGUGCCCUUAUCCAGUACUUCAGUCCCUAUGUGUCGGCAGACAUGCGCAAGAUGGCCACUGCUUUUAACACCACAGUGGCUGCUCUGGAAGAUGAACUCACUCAACUGAUUCUGGAGGGACUGAUCAAUGCCAGAAUAGACUCGCACAGUAAGAUUCUUUAUGCUCGAGAUGUUGAUCAGCGCAGCACAACUUUUGAGAAAUCCUUACUAAUGGGCAAAGAGUUCCAGCGCCGCGCCAAGGCCAUGAUCCUGCGCGCGGCCGUCCUGCGCAACCAGAUACACGUCAAGUCUCCUCCGAGAGAAGGCAGCCAAGGGGAGCUCACUCCAGCUAACAGCCAAUCCAGGAUGAGCACCAAUAUGUGAAAAACUUCAUGCACUACCAACAGAAAUGGUCCCUCAGGACUGUACCCUGUGUCUCACCCACUAACUGCUGAGCUUCACAAACUGUCCCUGUCUCCCUCGCUUCUUGCUCGGAUUGAGAGGGUCAGGGCUGAUGGUGGAUAACAUGAAUAUUCCAAUAACUUCAAUUCUUCUUGAAAAGAGAUUCUUUCUAAAAAAAGCAUCCCUGCAAUGGGUCAUCAUUUCGGUUUUGGUAGAACAUCUUCCUCCAUUCUCCUUCCACCACUCCAUAAAGAGCUGUCAGGUUAUUCAUACAGAUACUGAGUUCAGAG